GAGGAGGACGACAAGGCGAGGAGGAGCCGCGCCGCGCCCAGCGCCCGGCUCCCGGCUCCGCGCGGCGGGCUGCCCCCGCUCCCGGUAUCGCGGAUCCAGAUUUUUGAAAGCGGCUUAAAUCUAAUUGGCUCCCCCAGGAUCUCAGCUCCUGCUACAUUGGUGCAUUCCUUUUUUUGAGAGGCAUCUGGAGAGACUAAAUGGCCACUGCUCGUUGGCAUACAGGGUCCUUUGCAGCCAGCAUGAUAUCAUCUCUAUAAGACAUGGAGGAGAGAGAGCUCACCAUGCUCAGGGUUUAGGGCAUGCUGUGCGUAGCGACAGCCGUUCCAGCCGGCAGCCCGCCCCACCUGUGACCUGUGGCCUCUUCUGGGAACUGUCCUCAGGAGCUGACCGUGUCCAGUGUUUCCCAGGUUCCUCGCACCAAGAAGCACGUGGCAUGUCAAAGCCACACUGUCUUCCAUGGGACUCCCUUUGUGAACAGCUUCCAUUUAAAAGACUUUUGUGAGUGCAUUAUUUCAACCAAGUCCUCAGAGAACAUAUUUGUCUUCUGAUCCUCCGGAGGUCUUAAGGAAGCUACUAGAGAAUGUGCUCUACAAAAAUGAGGAUGUAAACCAAGAAAGAGGAAACCAUGGGAUCCAGGAAACGGGGGACCCAACACAGGCGAGAGGCGCAGGGAUUUCGCAAGAUGGUGUUAAAAAGAAGCCCCAGGACAACAGAAUCCGAUGACCUCCGUGGGGAACCUGCACUCAGCCAUCAGAGCGCACCUGCCCCCAAGGAUGCUCAUAGUUCAGUCGUAGAUGCAGGUGGCGUGGAAAGCAUCAGCCGGUGUCCCCAGCAGCUUCCUCAGAUGAUGGCUGCAGCAGCUGAUGGUUUGGGGAGUAUAGCGAUAGACACAACCCAGCUCAACAUGUCCGUGACCGAUCCCACAGCCUGGGCCACCGCCAUGAAUAACUUGGGCAUGGUUCCCGUGGGGUUGCCUGGACAGCAGCUUGUGUCUGACUCAAUCUGUGUACCAGGCUUUGAUCCAGGCCUCAACAUGAUGACUGGGAUCACCCCCAUUAACCCGAUGAUUCCAGGCCUGGGGCUGGUACCACCGCCACCACCAACAGAAGUGGCUGUCGUCAAAGAAAUAAUCCACUGCAAAAGUUGUACUCUUUUCCCUCAAAAUCCAAAUCUUCCACCUCCUUCCACAAGAGAACGACCUCCUGGGUGUAAGACCGUGUUUGUCGGGGGAUUACCAGAAAACGCUACUGAGGAAAUUAUUCAAGAAGUCUUUGAGCAGUGCGGUGAUAUUACAGCGAUUCGGAAAAGCAAGAAGAAUUUCUGUCACAUUCGCUUUGCAGAGGAAUUCAUGGUUGAUAAAGCCAUUUACCUUUCCGGUUACCGGAUGCGAUUAGGGUCUAGCACGGACAAGAAGGACUCGGGCCGCCUCCACGUGGACUUCGCCCAGGCCAGGGACGACUUCUACGAAUGGGAAUGCAAGCAGAGGAUGCGCGCGCGCGAGGAGCGGCACCGGCGCAAGCUGGAGGAGGACCGGCUGCGGCCGCCCUCGCCGCCCGCGAUCAUGCACUACUCAGAGCACGAGGCCGCCCUGCUGGCCGACAAGCUGAAAGAUGAUAGCAAGUUUUCAGAGGCUAUCACAGUGCUACUCUCCUGGAUUGAGCGAGGGGAAGUUAACCGGCGUUCUGCCAACCAGUUCUAUUCCAUGGUGCAGUCAGCCAAUAGCCACGUCCGCCGGCUGAUGAACGAAAAAGCCACCCAUGAGCAGGAGAUGGAAGAAGCCAAGGAGAAUUUUAAAAAUGCCUUAACUGGAAUCCUUACCCAAUUUGAGCAGAUUGUGGCCGUUUUCAACGCUUCUACCAGACAAAAAGCUUGGGACCAUUUCUCGAAAGCUCAGCGCAAGAACAUAGACAUUUGGCGAAAGCAUUCUGAGGAGCUCCGGAACGCUCAAAGCGAGCAGCUUAUGGGUAUCCGCCGCGAAGAAGAAAUGGAAAUGUCAGAUGAUGAGAAUUGUGACAGUCCGACUAAAAAAAUGAGAGUCGAUGAAUCAGCCCUGGCUGCUCAGGCCUAUGCUCUGAAAGAGGAGAACGACAGUCUGCGCUGGCAGCUGGACGCCUACAGGAACGAAGUGGAGCUGCUGAAACAGGAGAAAGAGCAGCUUUUCCGAACGGAGGACAACGUCACUAAGGACCAGCAGCUCCAGUUCCUGCAACAGACCAUGCAGGGCAUGCAGCAGCAACUGCUGACCAUCCAGGAGGAGUUAAACAACAAGAAGUCGGAAUUGGAACAAGCAAAGGAAGAGCAGUCGCACACGCAAGCAUUACUUAAAGUCCUCCAGGAACAAUUAAAAGGUACCAAGGAAUUGGUCGAGACCAACGGCCACAGCCAUGAGGACACAAAUGAAAUCAACGUGUUGACAGUCGCGUUGGUCAACCAAGACCGAGAGAACAACAUGGAAAAAAGAAGCCAAGGCUUAAAAUCAGAGAAAGAAGCUUUGCUAAUCGGCAUCAUAUCAACGUUUCUUCAUGUCCAUCCUUUUGGAGCCAAUAUAGAGUAUCUUUGGUCAUACAUGCAGCAGCUUGACUCCAAGAAGUUUGCUGCGCGGUGUCUGUGUGCUGAUGCCAUGCAGCGCCCAGGGAUAUGAAGAAUGAACAGGAUUUAAAUGUGCACGAAAAGCCAGCCGUCAGUUUAUCCUAUGGGAGGAAAUCUGGUUUUGCAAUUGGCUUCUCUGACUCUGCAGCCUUGACAAAGCCUAUGCCAGUGUCUUUUCAGCGCCUCAAACAAGAACUCCUCAUCACUCGGCUUCCCUGGCCUGACUGAUAUGGGACACGGAGCCAGCCAGCCCCAUAAUAAAACUGAUUUAGGUCUGCUUGUGUCAAUUUAUAUACACGCUCAGAGGCCUGGCAAAGAGGCGGUGGGCUUGGGCUGGAGUCAGCAAAUCAGAAAAUAAAUCAAGCAGAUAUUACAAAUUACCUCUGCAGUGUUACCACCACACAAGCCCCUUGGUUACACAGAGUCUUUACUCCUUCUCAUAUUUUCUGUUCUUUUUUUUUUUUUUAAUUAGAACAAAUCAAUCCUUUCUAAAAGAAUAGAUGUCAGACUUCGAAAUUUUUAAGCAGAACAGAGGGGAAGGGGAUCCACUGACAAUACCAAAGGUUGAAAAGACGCAGACCACCAAUUUCCUGGAACAAAAACAAGCUGAGUAAAAGGUUGAUAAAAGCAUCAUGUCUAUGACGAUCCUGCCCACUUUCCAGGGCACCAAAUACGUGGUGUAUGUGUAAAUGGGGCACAGCAUGUCCCUACCCUCUAUGGCGGGGCCACACAGAAGUCUGUUAACCACGUGUAUUUGAUUCUGCUCCCAGCACCCACGAGAAGACCGCAGUGCUGUGAAAGCAGGGCUGGAUUGGGCGUCGCGAGCCCUGCACCACGUUUCAGCCCCUCUGCUCAUCAGCAGGGCAAGCACACCCUCCCUGGCCCCCCGUGGGCUCCCUCUAGGACAAAAGGGCACAGAGAAAGAAGCCCCGACCUCGGAAUGGAUUUGGGGGAGGGAACCCUGUGCAACUGAUGAGGGGGCAGGUGCAUUUCACUCUGAGCUCGGCCAGUGAGGUUUUUCUGCUCUGUUUUAUGUGAUGACCCCACGACUGCGUCCUCAAACCCAAGAAAUUAUCAGCAUGAGAUAUUACAAAGGCAAAAUUAUGAGAGCGGACAAGCUAUGUAGGAGGAGGAGAAAACAAUUAAAGUAAAUGAAAAUAUCUAAUGUAAAAAUUCUUUGGCCAUAGGGUAAAAAAAAAAAGAGGACCAAUUGAAUUCUCUCUUUGUCUUGAAAAUCCCAAAGUGUGAUAUAUCAUAAAAGUUAUUUUGUCAGGGUAGAGGAAGGUUUAAAAGCCGUCAGACUAACUUGAAAGCAGUUUCUCUUUGAUCUUUCUUCUGGCAUGAAAUAGAAAACGUCUUAAAGAAAUGCUCUACAAUUUAUCUGAGAGCCUCAUUAAAUGGAUAUUUUAGGUAGGGGUUCAUCUGAGGUGGUGGGUUCUGUGGUUGUGACACAUCCCUGUCCACAUGAUUUACAUCUUUACGGCAGGGUCGGGCAGUUCCCUUCCACUACCUACAGUAACUUAGCAUUAACGACUCAUUUCCAUUACAUUGACUUCCAGCUCUGUCAAAAUCUAAGGAAUUGGUCAUCCAAACUAAGUCACCCUAAGAAUCUCAAAUCCCAGUGUCGCUAAUUUACUUGUGUGACCGUGGGCAAUUUAUUUAACAGCUUGGUGCCUCAGUUUUACCCUCAACUAAAAUGGGUUUUUACGGAUUACCAUUGUGUAUUGAGUGACUUAAUAUAUGAAAAGAACUCAAUGGGUAUUGAAGAGGCCAUCUUUUGGGAUGAGCACUGAGUGUUGUAUGGAAACUAAUUUGACAGUAAAUUUCAUAUAUUAAAAAGAAAAAAAA